AUGAUGCUGCGCUUGAAGGCGAAAGUCUUUUCCUUCAGUGGUGACAGCUACAAGAUCGUCGACGCCAAUGACUCCAGCAAGGUGAUCUUCCAGUGCAUGGGGAAGUUUCUCUCCUUGAGCGAGAAGCGGGUUAUUUGCGAUGCAGGGGGGGCUCCGCUUUUUGUCAUCAAAGAGCCCAUGCUGCAGUUGGAUGACAAGCAAUAUGUCUACUCGGUGGAUGCAGAGGGGAAGCCUAAGGAAGAGCUCUUUCGAGUAGGAUCAAACUUUGGCAACACCGCGCAGUACACGCAGAACUUGAAGAGUAAAACCGGACGACCCAUUGCUCUGCACGGCAAGAUGACUCUUGUGAGCAUGAAAGGCGGCAUUUGGCUCGACAAGGCCCAGAAAGGUCAUGCCAUCGCAAAGGUUUGCAGCCCAAUCACGUACAAGGAUUUCCUGCCCGACGACUUUGACCGCAACGAGUACCUCGUGGAGAUUCCACCAGGUGUAGACAGUGCUCUUGUUCUUGCCAUGGUGCUGGCAUAUGAGCAGAUGGAGCAAUCCUACGAUUGCUGA